UAGCGGCUGGGCGCUUUGGAUGGAGUUAAAACGACAAUAAUUUAUAAUAAUAAAUUGAGCUAUACAGUAAUGUAUUUUCGUUUAGACUUAAUUCCUAGACGAAUGGAGAUGAAAAGGGCACUUUGGCGAGGUCAAAACAGCACAUUGGAUAUCUUCGUAACGCUACUGUGCAGCCGCCAGCUUGUACGGAAAGGUUAGCUGGUACAGCUAACGUAGUUGACCCAUACAGCAAUGGAAGGCUAAAGCUAAAUAGCGCCGCAAAACCUCAUAUUCAAGACGGAUUUGACUAAUAAACCACCUUAAAAUGGCUACUACAGUGCUGGGAGUCGGCACAGGCGUUUUCGUCAUCACUGCUGUUUGGAUUGUGACGUUUGUGCUCUGGAUGAUGCUUCUGAGAGCAUCUGGAUCAUCAAAGCUAGGAGUUGUCCCGGUUUUCCUCUUGGCUCUUACCAUUACCCUGGCACUGGUGUUUUUCCCUCAAAGCACCACAACUCCAUCUGCUUUCAAAGAGAUAGAGAUAGUGGACACUUUGUUCAUCGCUCGCUAUGUGUUGCUGGCUUUAAUGAGUGUGAUCUUUCUCUGCGCCUUGUUCAUGCUGCUCCCCUUUCAUUUCUUGGAGCCUGUCUAUGCUAAAGCUUUGAGAACACGCUAGAAGAGUUGGCACCGGAUCACAUUGCUGAUGUCAACAACAUAAAAGAAGAGAAGCCGGCAAGAGGCCCACUUCAUCUUUGUUACAGACUGUGGAACCAAAAUAACAGGAGAAACUUUCCCAUGGCCAACUUCUUUUUGUUUAUCUAUAGCAGGUAUAAGUUGCGUAACUAACUAGUGUUUUUGGGGUGUUUUUUUCUCAAAAGUUAGUUUUUAUUAGAUGGGAUGGGAUGGUACAAUAAGUGAAUCAAUUUGUUGAUAACAGGCACAAGUAAGGAAUCCAGAAGUGUUUGUGUUUUAUUUAGUAUGAUUUUAAGUUAGUAGGUUCCUAUUGGAUGAAUCUACAGCAUUACUCACAAUAGGUGAAGGUGCAUUCAGACACUGUCUUCCUUUUGAAAUGUUUUGUUUGCUUGAAAUUUUUUCUUUUAUGGUUUCUUAUCAUUUUUAACCUCCAAUGCUUCUGUUAUUUGGUUAUUUGUUUUAUUUGUUUUUAAUGUGAUGGUACUGGUGAUUCUUUGACUAAGCUGUAUGUAUCUUUUAUUUUCUUUUACUUCAAUUUCAACAAUAAUAAAGAAUUACA